AUGGCUGCGCCAGGUGUUACACGCCCGGCCCUUUCUCAGUUAGUGGUUGCACACGCCUCCCAGAGCCGAAGUAUAUGGCGCUGUGCGAGAAACGGCCAAGCAAACCGUGACAAGAUGGAACGAGUUGCACGACGCAUUGAUAAAUACCAGCGACACCCAGAGGCCAACCUCCGUCGAAAAGGAGAGACCCGCCACGACUGGCCCUCGACUACUCACCGGGACCCCAGUUCUACAUGGGGCUGGGGGCUUAGUCGAUCUCGCUCCAGCUUCUCAGAUCUCUCGGCUGGCCGAGAGCAGGGCUUCUGGGAUGCCGAGCGGGCGCAGAUGCACCACCGGAUGGCACACCUGAAGAAGAAUGUGACCAAGGAUCCUUACAGUGCCGCUUUUAGCCGUAGACCGGAUGAUUUCCCAGACGUACACAACUCAGAGGGUGUCUGGCCCGGCUUUUUGCGGACCUUUAUGGGUGCCGACAAACUCAUGAGUGACCAUCCCGCGAAGGCACAUCUGCAAGAUUUCAAUUUCACUCGCUCACAGGCCAGUCAAUCAGAGAACCGAGAUGCUUUGCAAUACGACCCAAUCAGUGGCCGUAUGGCACCGCUGCCACCAAGUCCUUCCUCUCAGGCCUUGAGCGGGCACGCUGGAGGCUAUACGGACUGCCCUCCAGGAAGCGAAGUCGAGGCUCACCUCGCUUCGAAUUCAUCGACAGUCGAGGAUGGACAAUUUCAACCCGGGAGCGUCACCAACUCCGAACAGACCAAACUCAACUCACAGUCCAUUGAUUGCCCCCCUGGAAGUGAGCUCGAAGUUCUCUUUACGGCCAAUCCCACGAGUUACAAGGAUAUUCGGACUGGAGCGGGGUUGCCAAAAGAGUCUGCCUACAAGCCCAACAUCAAUAUCACCUGCCCUCCAGGUAGCGAACUAGAGGCUCUGUUCAUUUCCGAGUCGGUACCGUCCCAGCAGCCUCAGGCUGAGAUAUUUCAAGUCACAGAGACGCUCAAGCGGCUUGAUAAAGAUGCUGGCCUGCGUGUUGGCAGAAAUACAGAUUGUGCUCCUGGAAGUGAACUUGAUGCACUGUUCACCGCCAGCCCUGCUGCUCGCGUGGAUCAGAGUCGCCCAUCGAAGGGAUUGAAGGGACAGCCAAGUGGCGUUUCCGUUGACUGCCCUCCUGGUAAUGAACUGGAAGCCAAGUUCGCUUCCGAGUUCCCAAGCCUUGACACUCAGGCCCAGAAUGAGAUUGCCGCUGACAGCAUCGACUGCUCCCCUGGUAGUGAGCUGGAGGCAAAAAUCCUCUCUGAAUCGGCAGCUGCCCCGCAACAGACAUUGGGGUCUCCUGUGGACUGUCCUCCGGGCAGUGAGCUAGAGGCGAUGUUUGCUGCUAACCCAGCAGCUGCUAAAAAUGCAGAGUCCCAGCCGACCAUAGCUGCAGAGGAUGCUAACCUCAAGAAGGUCAAUGUGACAAUUGACUGCGCUCCUGGAAGUGAACUCGAGGCCAAAUUUCUCUCUGAUAUGGUCAGUGCCGAGACACGUGGUGAGAGCGAAGAUCUGAGUGCUUUGCAAGCUAGAGAUAUCCGCACCCGCUACGCUUCUCUUAAGAGCGAUGUUGAUGCAGAUGCGCCCAUCCGAGCAGCCAAAGAUCUCGACUUUGAAGGCUCUGAAGAUCGUGUCGGCGAUUUUGUGUCUCAGCAUCAUCAGAUCCUUUCUACAGGACAGCAGGAGUGGUCUUCAGCCGAUUACCGUAUUUUGGCGUUCGACUCUUCCACCUCCAAGGUAACAACCGCUGAGGCCGAUGCAUUCUUUGGCACCAGCGAGACUACCCAACCUCAUGAAGUUCUCUCCCGUCUUCACAACCCAGCCAAAUUUGUGCCCUAUUUCUCUCAGAUGCAACAAGAUGGCUAUGAGAUUUCCACCGGCGGUGGUGACAUCCUGGUGUUCAGAAAGGCCGCCAAAACUCCCAAAAACACCAGCACUGCCUCUGUUUCUACGCAGGACUCUGUUCCCUCUCACGUCCACGCGGAUAUUGCCAAGUAUUUAUGUCAUGACUCUUACGACUCGGUCGACACCCACGCCCGUCCAUACCACCCGUCCUCCCCCAAGCCGAUCGGCCCUUCAAAUUCGUCAAGAAUAACCGAAUCUUCGACUCGCAGAGUCUUUCGUCGAAUGGUUCUUACCGGCACUUCGGUUGCUGCAUCAUGCUAUGCUAUCGGCACCGUGACUGAGUAUUUCCGGAACGGCGGAAAAGAUGGGCAAGGAAUCGACGGUUUCACGGCUUUUGAGAUGGAGCGGAGGCAUCGGGAGUGA